GAUGAUGGGUCAGGUGAAGAUCACGCUCCUCCUCUUCCUAGGCCUUCCGUCUUUCGUCACAGCGCCAUCUCUUGGUUAACUAAAACUUAAAGUAAUCAUCCUGGAGCAAGAUAGCAGAAACUUACCUCUUCUUUAAGCCUAGCAAGUGCCCUCCGCAAAAUCUAUAACUACCAAGGAAAGUUACUUUUCAGCUCGCCCUGUGGUUCACACCGCCCAUAUUAGGAGGACCAAGACUCUAUGGUUAGUGGUAACGAAGGGCCUUUUCUGUCGGCGCUUGCGCAGUGAGAGGUGGAUCCGCAUGCGCGCUGGGUUGGGCGAAGCGCACGCUGAGGAGCUUUGGCGUCCGGUGUUGGUGUUCCGAGUCUCUUCGUUGCCAUUAAGGAGCACGGCGUGGGACCCUAGUUCGGGAUUCGCACAUACUCUUCAGAAUGCCGGGUCUAAGUUGUAGAUUUUAUCAACACAAAUUUCCUGAGGUGGAAGAUGUAGUGAUGGUGAAUGUAAGAUCCAUUGCUGAAAUGGGGGCCUAUGUCAGCUUGUUGGAAUAUAAUAACAUUGAAGGCAUGAUUCUUCUUAGUGAACUAUCCAGACGACGUAUCCGUUCUAUAAACAAACUGAUCCGAAUUGGCAGAAAUGAAUGUGUAGUUGUCAUUAGAGUGGAUAAAGAAAAAGGAUAUAUAGAUUUGUCAAAAAGAAGAGUUUCUCCAGAGGAAGCAAUCAAAUGUGAAGACAAAUUCACAAAAUCCAAAACUGUUUAUAGCAUUCUUCGCCAUGUUGCUGAGGUAUUAGAAUAUACCAAGGAUGAGCAGCUGGAAAGCCUGUUCCAGAGGACUGCCUGGGUCUUUGAUGACAAGUACAAGAGACCUGGAUAUGGUGCCUAUGAUGCCUUUAAGCAUGCAGUCUCAGACCCAUCUAUCUUGGAUAGUUUAGAUUUGAAUGAAGAUGAAAGAGAAGUACUCAUUAACAAUAUCAAUAGGCGUUUAACCCCACAAGCAGUCAAAAUCCGAGCAGAUAUUGAAGUAGCUUGCUAUGGUUAUGAAGGCAUUGAUGCUGUAAAAGAAGCCCUGAGGGCAGGUUUAAAUUGUUCUACAGAAACCAUGCCCAUCAAGAUUAAUCUAAUAGCUCCUCCCAGGUAUGUGAUGACAACAACGACCCUAGAGAGGACAGAAGGCCUCUCUGUCCUCAAUCAGGCUAUGGCAGUCAUCAAAGAGAAGAUUGAGGAGAAGAGGGGAGUGUUCAAUGUUCAGAUGGAGCCCAAAGUGGUCACAGAUACCGAUGAGACUGAACUUGCAAGGCAGCUGGAACGGCUUGAGAGAGAGAACGCAGAAGUGGAUGGCGAUGACGAUGCAGAAGAAAUGGAAGCCAAAGCUGAAGAUUAACGUUUUGGAAAACAGUCCAAAUUAAGGAGUGCGAAGCAGCCCUUCCUGGCUGUAAACCCUAGACUUGAAAGUUUUCCAGUAUUGAAAACUUCAAAGCUGAAUAUUUUUAUUUUCAAGUAUUUAAGUAUUCAACAAGCCAGAAUCUAAAUGCCCUCCUUGGUGACAGCUGUUUUCACAUAGUGGCUCUAACACCUCAAGCAUUUUUUAAGGGAGUGGCUUGAUUUGACCAGAGACAAAUCUUUAACAGCAGUCCUAAUAGUGGGCUUGCAGUUUCCAUUUCUGAUGUCUCUGGAUUGGCACCCUUAUAGCAAUCAGAGAUUUACCAGGGGCUCCAACAUAAACCAUCCCAAACUUUCUAUAUAAAAUGUAUUCAAGCAAACAUCAAAUAAAUUUCUGGGAUAUUUAA